AUGGCUUCGACUGCGGCUCGGGCGCACGAGGCCCGCAUUGCGCGCCGCUUCCGGGCGUGGCUGCUGGAGGGCCUCGCGGCGCGGGCACGGCCCGGCGCACGGCCGGCGGCGGGCGGCGCGCAGCUCUGCGGGGCGUGCCUGGCCGACGACGACGAGGAGCGGGGCGCCGAGAGCCCCAGGGCCGCCCAGGGCCCCGGCCUGGCGUCGGCGUGCCUCUGCUGCGCCUGGCUGUGGCUCCUGGCGUGGCGCGGCCUCGGGGCGGCCUGGGGCCACGCGGCGGCGCUCGGGCGGCCGGCGGCCGCGGCGCGGGCGGCGCAGGCCGAGUUCGACCGGGCGUUCCCUUCCGAUGUCCGCGACGAGGCGGAGCCGGACGGGACGCGGCGCCGCGUCCUGACGAUCCGGUGCCCUGGCGUGCAGCACGAGGACAUCAGCGUGGAGUCGGUCUGCAACGGCUGCGCCGUGGCGAUCGCCCGGGGCGGCCCUGGGGGCGGGCCCGGCGGCGGGUGCUCGCGCCUCUUCCAGUGGCAGCUUUCGGAGGGCCUGUUCUCUCUCGUAGACGAGCUGGCCCGCUUCGAGCACGGCGGCGUUCUCCACCUCGUGCUUCGCGAGUCCCCGUCCCAGGGCCGCCGCGCCGUGUGCCUCCCGCAGCUCUUCCGCCUCGACGCCGGCGAGGAGGGCGCGUGCGGCGACUCCUCGGGCCCGGACGAGGGCUCCGAGGUCGGGGAGGCCCCCAGCGCCGCGGGCUCCGAGGUCAACGGCGACCACCCCGAGUCGGAUGCGGCCUACGACGAGGACGCGCGCAGCGACUCCUCUCAGGUCAGCGGUGGCGACCCUCCGUCGGGCGCGGCGUCCGUGGACGGCUGGGAGAAGGUCGGCGCCUGCUCCGACGGCGAGGAGGGCUUGGCCGAGGUCCGCCCAGGCGCCUGGCCGCUCUGACCGCCCGCGCGCGCGCGCCCGCGGGGACGCCACCGCUUGGGCUCUCGUCCGUGCUGCCCCCGCCCCGUGCUCGGGGGCAGCGAUGGGGGGGGGACAUCGGCGGCGAGCGAG